AUGAAUCAAGAAGAAAAAGUAUUAUAUUGUUUUAUGGAAAAUAAAAUGCUUCUAAAAGAGUUUUGUGAUAAUUAUGUUGCAAUAAAGAAAAAUGAAGAAACUCUAAAGGAAGAAUACAAUAAAAUAAAAUUACAGAAUGUUCAACUUCAAAAUGAAAUAGAAAAAUAUGUACAAAUCAUAAAAGAUAUAGGCAUAAAAAAAGAAAAAGAAAUUGACAGUUCUAUGUUUGAAUAUGAUGCAAAAAUUAAAAAAUUAGAGAAAGAAAUAGAAUUUCUAAAUGAUUCAUUAAAUACAGAAAGAAGUAAUUAUAAUGACAAAGUUAAAGAAUAUACCUAUUUACAAGGUGAAUAUGAAAAAUGUAAGGAAUAUUUAAAGACAAAGAAAAAUCAAAACGAUAUAGAUACUAUUCAUAAUAAUGAUAGGAAGAACAAUAAUGAUAAUUAUAUCAACCAUAAUAACAUGAAACAUAAUAAUAUAAACCAUAAUAAUAUAAACCACAAUAAUAUAAACCACAAUAAUAUCAUACAAAAUAACAUCAUUGUACUCAAUAAAAUAUAUAAUAACAUAGACGAAAAAGUAAAAGACGUUGUAGAACAAAUAAAAGAAAUAAAAACGUGUAGACAUUAUAUGGAACAAAAUAUUAAAGAAUAUCAAUCUCUUUUAAAUGAUUAUUUAGAAAGAAUCACAGAUCUACAUUUAAAAUAUGACGAGUGCUAUAAAUUAUAUAAACAAAAUCAAUACAAAAAUUUAAUUUAUAAAUGUCAAAAAAAACUCUUUUUAGGAGAAAUAGAACUUUUAAAAAAUAAUAAUGAAAUGUUAAAAAAUGAAAUAAUAUUUUUCAAAAAAAAUAUUAAAAAGGUUAAUGAAGAAAAAAAAGAAUAUUAUACCUUAUUUAAAAAAUCAGAAGACGAAAAUCAUUCAUGCUUAAAUAAAUUAAAGAAACGAAAAUAUAAAGAAAUGUUACAAGAUUUAGAAAAUACAAACACAAAUGCAGACACAAAUACAGACACAAAUACAAACAAAAAUACAAACACAAAUACAAACACAAAUACAACCAUUUUAUGUUCAUCAAAACUUCAACUGGUUCAAAAGACCGAAGAAAAUAAUUUUCAGAAUAUAAUACAUAAUGAUCUAAAAUAUAAAGAACAUAUAAAAUAUGAGAACCAAAUGAUUUAUGAUAAUCAUAUAAUAAAUGACAAUCAUAUAAUACAUAAUAAUAAUAUAAAAAAUAAUAAAUAUAUAAAACUUGAACAAGGUGAAUCACCUCUUAUAAAGGAAUCACCAAAGGAUAAAACAACAUCUAUAAUUAACACACCUAACAUAAACAAUAUAUCAGACAAUAAACAAGACCUAACAAAUGAUGAAAUGAUUAAUAUCAAUCAUGUAAGUUCAAAAAUGAUAUUUGUUUCAAAUAAAGUACAUGCACAAAAUGAAUCUGAAAUAAGUAAAGGUAUGUUUUUUUUUUCAGAUUCUGAUAUAAACAAAAAGAAAAAAAAAAAAUUAUAUAUGUAUUUUUCAAUAUGA